CUUUAAACAGUUUUAUUCUGAAAGCCUUUGAACAGAAGCAGUUUCUGUUUCGUGUUGUGUGACUUGACAGUGAAAACACAGACAGGCUCCUGUUUCAGUCUGAAGGGCUAAAAUUAGGGAGGACCCCAACUCCAGAUGACGCAAGGGGCCCAAAGCGUCCGGUGAGCGUCGGUGGUGACAGGAACCCGGACCAUGGAAACCUUCCCUACAACUUUGCUGUUGUUGAUGACAGGCCGCGUAUUUUUAGCCCUUGUUGAAAUCUCGGUAUAAAGGCGUCGGUGAAAAUGCAGCUGUACAACAGUGCGCUGACACACUACCCGAGGUCGUCUCGCAAACUCACCAUAACUUUAUCCGCGGCGUCCGAGCGACCGAACGGAGCGAAGGACACCGAGAAACCGGCAGUCACCGAACCAGACGCCACUUCAGCGGCCAACGGGGAUUCAGAGAGAGGAAGCGCUCCUUCCGCAAACAUGCCCGCCUUCUCCUGCUUCGAGGCGUCAUCCAUGAGGCCGAUCUACUUCACGUCCACCGCCGAGAUUCUGAUCCGCAGACCCGACGGAUCGGAGAGGUCUGUGCCCGUCCAUGUGACGAGGGAGAACAAAAACAAACCCCCCAGCUCCCACCGGGGAGGCAGCAUCCUCUGCAGGGACAGCGAUGUGAUGGUGGACUUGAUGGAUCAGCUGAGAAACGAGACAGAGGGGAUGUUCCCUGACAUGUUCACCAGCAGCAACACCUGUGGAGCCAGAAUGGAACAGUGUUCCAGUGAGGAUGGUGCGGUUUCUGUGACUGAUGCUCCCACCAGAACCAACGGAUGGGCCUCCACGCACGAAGCGGAGCCAGUCCCAUCCACAGCAGCUCAGCCUGGAGACAGAGUAGAGGAAGAUCACCAUGAUGUGAGCGUUGGCAAAGCAGAUCCGGGGUCAGAGGACAGACGGGCCUUCGAGCUCAGCGUCCUGCAGGAGUCUACUCCACAGAGAUGCCAAGACGGAGGGGAGGUCAACGACAAAGUGACCCGGUACAUGGCUGAGGUGGAGAAGCAGAACAAGUACCUCCAGGAGAGGAACAAAUACAGGUACCAAAUCAUUCCAGAUGGCAACUGUCUGUACAGAGCUGUGUGCAAGGCCACGUACGGGGACCAGACGAGGCACAAGGAGCUCAGGGAGCAGACGGUCCAUCACAUCGCCGACCACUUGGAUGAGUUCAACCCCAUCAUCGAAGGCGACGUAGGCGAGUUCCUCAUCAACGCAGCACAGGAUGGGGCCUGGGCCGGCUACCCCGAGCUUCUCGCCAUGAGCCAGAUGCUGGACGUCAACGUCCACCUGACAACAGGGGGGAGCUUGGAGAGCCCCACCGUCUCCACCAUGGUGCACUAUCUCGGUGAGGAGGACACCUCCAAACCCGCCUUCUGGCUGAGUUGGCUCAGCAACGGUCACUACGACGUCCUCCUGGACAGACAUCUCCCCAACCCGGAGUAUGAGGACUGGUGCAGACACUCUCAGAUGCAGAGGAAAAGAGACGAGGAACUGGCAAAGUCAAUGGCAGCCUCCUUAUCCAAAAUGUACAUUGAGCAAAAUGGGGUUGCGUGAUAGAAAUCUGCAGUAACUUUGAUCCUGCUUAGUUUUACAUAUACUUAAAAUGAUUUUUAUAAGAUUUAUAUUAUGAGAGAAAGGAAGUGCAGUGCACAUACUCUGGAUUUUGUCAAUGCCAACGCUGAGAGAUUGGUGGAAGUUGUGAUUAAUUGAUUAAGUUGUGUUUUUUGAAAGUGUCAAGCUUGUCCUUGAUGGUGUGGAUCAUGCUAACAUGAGUUAAUACUGUUUCUGUACAUGUGCGGUUGAGUCUAUAGUAUUUAUAUUUAUAGAAUAGUUAUUUUUCUAUAUUGCCUUUGCUUGUGAUGCCAUCGCCAGAACCUAUCAAAUACCGAGACACUUGGUUUGCAUUCUUAGCUGCUCUCUUUUGCACAAAAGUAGUUCGGAGAGUUUCAUUUUUUCAAUCUAAAGGGUCUGUUUUUUUUCUAUGGUUACACUUCUUAAAAGACAAAAUAAAGUUUUGAAAGAAAACUGA